AUGGAAAUUGAUGAUCAUACCCAGGUUACCAGUAAGUAAAAUUUGUAAAAUCAAUGUAGCACACAUAUUUAUGCUUACGGGGACUUAAUAGCCACUUCAUGCGCAGUCAUGAAGAAUAACAGUCAUAGAUAUCAGUGGACAGAGAUCGGACAAAUGCUAAAUUUCAUAUAUAUACAAAAAGAAACAUACAACAACGGGACAGCAAGUAAAAAGUUCUAACUGAGCAUGGACUUAGAACCGAACAUAUAGUUGUUGCGAAUUCGGUACAAAAUGAACUUAAUUAUUCCACGUUUCAUGUUGAAAAUGUGAAGCAAAACAUCAUACGAUUGUAUAUGAACAAAACCAAGCAUACAAUGUUAACGUUUUUAAAGUUGAAUUCUAAGUAUAACAUGAAUGAAUUUUACCUACUUUUACUUCAACUAACACCAAACCACCAGUGUUUUCAAAUAUUUUUAGUUGAUCAAUAAGCAUAUAAUUGUAAGUUGCCGAAAUGUGACGUGUAUAUUACCUAAUAUUUCUAGUACAUUUUUGUUUUCAUCGCACAGAAGACGAAAGUAGUAAAGAUAAGAAUAAAAUAUUUCAGCUCACCUGACAAGUGACAACUUUAAUUCAUUAUCCUACUGUAGGUCAACAAAACAACACUGAUAACAAUGCUGCCACGUAUUCUACAAAUCAGUUGGAAGAUGGCGUUCCAGGUAGCUAUAUGUGUUAAAAUUUAUAUAUAAUAGUUUAAGUAUAAGGAACUUUCUAUAAAAUGUACCUUAAAAGGAUUCAUAGUAUAUACAAAGUUACUAUUCACAAAUAUAAAGGGCAUCACUAUAUUGGUUAUACCAUAUUGAUUGCUAAAUAUAAGAUGCAACAAUAGGCGCCUAAAUUGCAACUCAUAUUGCAUGACAUUUGAACACUCAUACCCAGAGAAGCAAUUAAACAAAUGCCAUCAAAGAAAUAAGCUUCUUCUCUGUCUUCUCUUUACAACAGGUUGACAGUUUUAUUUAUUUUGUAGAGCAUUCAAAACACAAAAAUGAAACAUUGUCAGUAAUUGAAAUACCAGAGCAGCCAGACGAAAAUGUUAUAGGUAUGUCAAAACUUCAAGUUCAACCAUGCAAAGGCCUGGUGUCCACGAGAGUUGAUCUGAGUUAUACAGAAUAUAGUUCUCAUUUGAUAUUGAUUGCCAACUCUCGUCCAUCCAUAUUAUAUAUAGUCAUGCACAAUUAUCAACUACAAACUGCAUGACUCAAAUUUUGAUGAGAGACGAUGAGAGUUUACCGUGUUUGACGGGUCAUGACAGUUUUUAAGAGUUACCCCAGUUGGGAUCAAUUGCUCCAAAAAACUCUUAAGUUGCAACAAGUCUAUUCUCAAGAUUUCCUUGUAUGCCGAAAUAUCUUUUAUUGUUAGUUGCUUGAAGAUAUUUGCAAAAUAACCUCCCUCCUUCUGUCGUAUUAUUCAUAACAUUAUAGUGACUUUCUUCGCUACGACACUCGCAGCCUGUUACACAAAUUCUUCAAUUAAUAAUAGUAAAACUCUUUGUUGCAAACUCUCGUGGACUAGUUUCAUCCUCAUUUGAACUGGUCUUAAAAAUUAUGUUACAACUGCGCGCCUCAUUAUUACAAAUUAUAACAAUUUUUUCAGCUUAGCGUGACAAUAGAUUGCUACAAUGGAGACUUUCUUUAACGUGUACAUGAAAGGGAUAUAGAAUUUUUCGAUAUAAAACAAUGAAAGCAGUUAUUUUGAUGCAGUAUGAUUGGGCAGGAUAUAUAAGGAAAAUUUAUAAUAAUAAAUUUGGGCAUUGCUGUUAGCUAUAUAAUAGAAUUUCCAAACGGCGAAACCUUUUUGUCAUAACGUGACGAAGUUUACGCUCAUAUUUAGGACAAGAAAAUGACAACCCUGCAAUCAGUGCAUUGGUCUCCAUGGAAAUUGAUGAUCAUACCCAGGUUACCAGUAAGUAAAAUUUGUAAAAUCAAUGUAGCACACAUAUUUAUGCUUACGGGGACUUAAUAGCCACUUCAUGCGCAGUCAUGAAGAAUAACAGUCAUAGAUAUCAGUGGACAGAGAUCGGACAAAUGCUAAAUUUCAUAUAUAUACAAAAAGAAACAUACAACAACGGGACAGCAAGUAAAAAGUUCUAACUGAGCAUGGACUUAGAACCGAACAUAUAGUUGUUGCGAAUUCGGUACAAAAUGAACUUAAUUAUUCCACGUUUCAUGUUGAAAAUGUGAAGCAAAACAUCAUACGAUUGUAUAUGAACAAAACCAAGCAUACAAUGUUAACGUUUUUAAAGUUGAAUUCUAAGUAUAACAUGAAUGAAUUUUACCUACUUUUACUUCAACUAACACCAAACCACCAGUGUUUUCAAAUAUUUUUAGUUGAUCAAUAAGCAUAUAAUUGUAAGUUGCCGAAAUGUGACGUGUAUAUUACCUAAUAUUUCUAGUACAUUUUUGUUUUCAUCGCACAGAAGACGAAAGUAGUAAAGAUAAGAAUAAAAUAUUUCAGCUCACCUGACAAGUGACAACUUUAAUUCAUUAUCCUACUGUAGGUCAACAAAACAACACUGAUAACAAUGCUGCCACGUAUUCUACAAAUCAGUUGGAAGAUGGCGUUCCAGGUAGCUAUAUGUGUUAAAAUUUAUAUAUAAUAGUUUAAGUAUAAGGAACUUUCUAUAAAAUGUACCUUAAAAGGAUUCAUAGUAUAUACAAAGUUACUAUUCACAAAUAUAAAGGGCAUCACUAUAUUGGUUAUACCAUAUUGAUUGCUAAAUAUAAGAUGCAACAAUAGGCGCCUAAAUUGCAACUCAUAUUGCAUGACAUUUGAACACUCAUACCCAGAGAAGCAAUUAAACAAAUGCCAUCAAAGAAAUAAGCUUUUUCUCUGUCUUCUCUUUACAACAGGUUGACAGUUUUAUUUAUUUUGCAGAGCAUUCAAAACACAAAAAUGAAACAUUGUCAGUAAUUGAAAUACCAGAGCAGCCAGACGAAAAUGUUAUAGGUAUGUCAAAACUUCAAGUUCAACCAUGCAAAGGCCUGGUGUCCACGAGAGUUGAUCUGAGUUAUACAGAAUAUAGUUCUCAUUUGAUAUUGAUUGCCAACUCUCGUCCAUCCAUAUUAUAGUCAUGCACAAUUAUCAACUACAAACUGCAUGACUCAAAUUUUGAUGAGAGACGAUGAGAGUUUACCGUGUUUGACCGGUCAUGACAGUUUUUAAGAGUUACCCCAGUUGGGAUCAAUUGCUCCAAAAAACUCUUAAGUUGCAACAAGUCUAUUCUCAAGAUUUCCUUGUAUUCCGAAAUAUCUUUUAUUGUUAGUUGCUUGAAGAUAUUUGCAAAAUAACCUCCCUCCUUCUGUCGUACUAUUCAUAACAUUAUAGUGACUUUCUUCGCUACGACACUCGCAGCCUGUUACACAAAUUCUUCAAUUAAUAAUAUUAAAACUCUUUGUUGCAAACUCUCGUGGACUAGUUUCAUCCUCAUUUGAACUGGUCUUAAAAAUUAUGUUACAACUGCGCGCCUCAUUAUUACAAAUUAUAACAAUUUUUUCAGCUUAGCGUGACAAUAGAUUGCUAUAAUGGAGACUUUCUUUAACGUGUACAUGAAAGGGAUAUAGAAUUUUUCGAUAUAAAACAAUGAAAGCAGUUAUUUUGAUGCAGUAUGAUUGGGCAGGAUAUAUAAGGAAAAUUUAUAAUUAUAAAUUUGGGCAUUGCUGUUAGCUAUAUAAUAGAAUUUCCAAACGGCGAAACCUUUUUGUCAUAACGUGACGAAGUUUACGCUCAUAUUUAGAACAAGAAAAUGACAACCCUGCCAUCAGUGCAUUGGUCUCCAUGGAAAUUGAUGAUCAUACCCAGGUUACCAGUAAGUAAAAUUUGUAAAGUCAAUAUACUAAAAAUUUCUAACGGAGCAUGGAAUUCGAUGCAGGAAAUAUCUUAUGCGUUCUUGUUUAAACAGGGCGGUAUCGCAAUCACCACUCCUUUAUUACCAACACAUAAAAAAAUCUUGUUUGUCUUCUGGUUUCAACUGAAAAAUUAUAACUUAUAAAACAUUGUUUUAUAAAAUAAUUGUAUUAAUUUAAAAAUAUUCUAUAUAGACCUUUUUAAUAAUCCCAAUUUAGAAGUCAUGAGGAAUAUGUUAAAUGAAUGUGUAUUUUUAAAAUUAAACUGUCCCUGGAAAUGAUCAGGUGGGGCAUAGUAACAAACAAGAAAUCUUACAGGGGGAGAGUGCUUUAACAUGAAGCCUUUUAAGGGUUAAUUUUCAUUAGGAAACAACAGAUACAUAAGCUACAUCAGAAAUAUCAGAUAUAAAAAAUGAAAUUCAUAUAUUCCAAUAAAGAAGCGCUUUACUUCGCCAACACAGCAAUAUUAUUAAAGCAUUGUAAUUUCAUACUUUAGAUAUAACAGACAAUCACUGUCAUGUUUGCUUUGGCGAAGUCUCUGGGGCACAUAAGUGCAUAUCAUGUCUUCGUGCUGUGCACGUGUUUUGUGGUGUUGGCAUUGGGGACGAAGGCUAUGGGCAGGCAGUAAAGUGCUUUAAAUGCCAGGAUACAGGUAAAUUUGAGAUUAAGUGAAUAUUAAAAGCCUGCAAGCUUAAUACAAUUAGCAUUGCGAAAUAAUAAACUUCAGUUAUCCAUUAAUUUUCGUAAAAGUCUGCAGUAUAUAGAAGUCUUUGUGGAGAAUAAAGGGGGACGAAUUGUCCUGGACAGCUCACAAAAUAAUUCCUUCCCAUUUUUGAAAAGUGCUAGAAUUUAUCAUGUUUAUACAUUUACAAUAGCUUCCUUUUUCAAUUCUGGAAGUCUAUGGCCAAAAAAUACUUAUCAAAAGUGAAAAAAAUAUAUAAGGCAUAUAUACAUGUGUUGUAUAUUCAAUAUAUCGUGGUGCCCAUUCAAGACGUUUAUUAUCAUAUUAUAUAUAGGGCACAAACAAUACGAUGAAAAUGUGAAUAGCAGUAGCACAUCAGGUUUGUAAUUUUAAUUGAAUAGCAUGUCACAAUCAAAAACAUAAAAAAUGUGACCGCAGCAUAAAAUAAAUAACCAACGACAAGGGCAUAUGCAUAGUAAAACUUGAUCUCUCUACUAUUGCCGUGCUCAAAACUUUCGGCAAAACGUUUUCGAAAACUCACUCAAAAUGUUAUAAGAAAAAAUAAUUGAGUUUAGAAAAGACGAUUAUAAAGUCUAAAAAAUAUAAUUUUUGAGGUAUUGUUAUUUUGAUUGCAGAACAUGCUGAUUAUCAGAGAAUAUAUCUUAUUAGAAUUAUUUUGUAAAUUUACCAUGUCUAUAAUUAUUAUUUGUCAAUUGGGAUUAGGGCAAGUAGUUUUAGCAACAGCACCCCCCUGUCUGUUCCUUAAUAAGCUCAGCCAACAAAUUUACAUUUAAUUUCAAAUUAAAAUUAAAUUUGAAGCGAGCCAACUCGGUUACCUGCCUCAUGGACUAGAGCAUAUACUUUUUUAUACAUAUUAUUCAUUUAUUAUAAUAAGUUUGGACAUAAUAAGCUUGAUAACGAUUAAUAAAAUGUUCAAGCAGAAGAUAACCAUUAGCUUCUGUUUUGCAGAUAAUUUAUUUCAUUUAAAUGCAUCUGGGUCGGAUCCUAAUCUUGAGGUAUUUGCAUGCUUACAGCAAAUAUAAGUCCAGGCUAUUUCAAAAUUUUAAAAUAGAUUAAUGCAAAAUGUUGUUUCAUCAAAGAUGAAUACUUACAUGAAUAUGAAACCAUGCAGUUUAAAAAGAGGAAUUUCAUUUUAGACCAAUCAGCGCAUUUGUUUACAUUUUGCAUCUAAGCCAAUCAGAACGUGUAAAUCUAAAAAUCUCCUUGUGAGCUCCAGUGGAUAGCACUACCCAGCCUUUGUACAACCGACCCCAGAGCUUUAUUUAAGACCCUACCUUUUCUAGUGAAGUUUACCUUUUCACCGGAAGUAGUCAAGAUUCAUUCUGACGCAUUCUGAUUGGCUUACACACAAAAUGUAAACAGAUACGUUGAUUUGUCUAAAAAGAAUUCCUCCUCGUUUUACAGUUUAAUUAAGUUUUCUCUUUGUUGGGCGAUAAGCUAUGUAAAGCCCGAAUCAAACGAAGGCACAAUUCAUUGCAGGUUUUCAACUUCUGAGGCAUGAAAUAGAAAACGAAAAAUUUGAUAAUGACAAGGUUUCAUGUGGAAACUGAUUAAUGUAUUUUGUUCAUAUAUACAGCUAAAGAUGAAUAUUUUACGUUAUAUGUUUUGAUCAAAUUGACUCGUUUCCACUUCAUGUGUUUUAAACCACUCAUUCCCUCCUCAACAUCUCAGAAGUUGAAAACUUGCGUUUCGUUUGACCGGGGCUUAAAACUAUAUUGCAAAAGCAUCGCUAUUAGAGUCGAGAAGAUAUUGAAUAUAGAAACAAUGAACCAGUGGCGCACACUAUAUCUGUAGACAUACAAACACUUAUCACUUCUUACAUGUAUGUUAAAUUUUAAAAAUAAUUGAUAUUUUUCAUUCUGUGUUAAAAAUUAUUUUUGAGAGUGCAAGUAUCUCUAACAUCACCACUUGAAGAAAAUAUUAAAUAUUUUUAAAGAAAGUUUCAAGUAAGCAAAUGUAAGCCUGUAAAUAUGGACAUGCUUUCAUAUUAUAGGAAGUUAGUCACAGUUCUAGUGACGAGUAUGUGCCUGAAACAGAUGAUGAUGAAGGUACAUGUACAUCUGACAAUUUACAUGUUACUAUUGGUAUAAUAAAUACUUUAUACUUUUUCUAAUUUAUUUGUGGGUAAAUGAAUGGCUUUCAUUUGCCUUUUUGCAGCAAAAAUAAAAAACAAAUAUUUUUCAUUUUAAGGCAAAGAUUCAGAGUCUGAGGAUGAUGACGAAUAUGCGUUUCAAGGUACAUGCUAA